CUACGGCCUCUGCCUCUCUUUCUUUAUAAACACCAACAACCAUUCUCUGUCUUGUGGGCGUGAGAGAGAGUCUCGGAUCAGGACAGGACAACAAGCCCCUUCAUUGCCUAUCCUUGUGGUCAAUCGAAGCUGAUCCUUCCUUGUUUGCGGCUGUAGUCGCCGUGGAACCCCAAGGCCAAGGCAUACAUCAUGUCUCGUGAUCCAGUUGAUUUAAGUCCAGGUCAGCUACAUAAGCUAGCUGAGUUGAUCCACCGACAAGAAGUGCAGAAGCUUCAAGAGCUUAAGUUCGAGUCAUAUGCGGAGCAGCAAAAGUAUCUCAAAGAUGCGAAAGAUGCCCGUGAUAAGGUGUACCAUGUCCUUGAAAGUGCACAGGACAUGAUAGCGCAAACCAAGGAUCCUGCCAAGCAACAAAUUGCCAAGGAUGUCAAUGACUACUGCACCAAGACUAUUGGCACAUCCCUCCAAUUCAUCCGUAGUUACAACACACGUCUCACCUACCUUGACAAGCUCAAGACCCACAGUGAUGAUCUCAUCAACCAGCUAAAGUGGCUCAAUCCAGCCACCCAGCAGAAGGAAGCUCAGCGCCUUGCUCUUGAGGCCGGCAUGUAUAAGAAAGCUGCGCUUGACAAUGCCAAAAAGUUUCAGCAUUUUGUACCAAAUCAAUUCUCAAAAUGGCUCAAGGAAAGCAAAAUCUUGUUUGAAGAUCUUGUGCAAGAUAAUAUGGCAAAGCUUGGUUUUAGGGGGGCUUUCAAAAACUUGGGUGAUAUACAAAAGCUACAGGUAUAUGACAAUAUUAUUGCACAAGCCGGACAAGGAAAACCCGUGGUGACUUACACAUUUGAAGCUUUGGGAAAAUUCGGGGUUGCAGUUUUGGUUUUUACAGCAGGUGUAAUGGUGUGGGACAUAUUCACUGCAGAGGAUAAGCUGGAGGCAGUGGUUAGGAAUUCAGUGACUGCUUUAACUGCAGCAGUUGGCCUUGUGGUGGGAGACCUAGCUGCUGCUGCUGUAGAAGCUGGAUUCAUAGCGCUUAACAUCCAAAUCGCUUCUGCAGCUGUCACGGUAGUCGGAGCAGUCGUCGGGUUCGGAAUUGGUGUGGUCAUUGGGAUUGCUGCAGGUGCACUGCUUGACUUGAUUUUCAGCAGUGGAACGAGCCAGGUGAAGAUAACAGACGGGCUUACUGUUUGCCGUGUGGCACCUAUGCCCGAUGGUCUUCCACUUGCUCGUCUGGUGAAGCACAAUUACCCAGAACUGUGAACUGUUUAUGCUACCAUAUAUGCGAAAGGGAUAUAUACUUAUGUCUUUGUGUGAGUACGUAAGUGCCGAUAUAUUGUGCACUCCGGCCUAAAAUAAAAUAAUAUCCCGGCAAGGAAGCUGUUGUAUUCCGUGAUGAAUAAAAUACAUGUUGAUUCGAUGA